GGAGAAAAGGCAACUCCACGCGAAGAAGAGAAGCAAAGAAAGAAAGAAAAAAAAAAAAAAAAAAGGAAAGAAAGAAAGAGCAGAAUAAGGUGUGUCUCUUGGACCGAUUCGCUUGAAUCGCAUCUAUCUCAUCCCCACCUUUACUAGUACUCUCUAUUCUCCAAGGCAAAGUAGGUGAAAACAAGGUGUAUGAAAGAAAGAAGUGCAAGGAUGGUGGUGGUGGUGGUGGCCUCUCUCUCUCUUAAACACGCAUGAUUUGUUUUCUGAUUCCUUCUCUUUCAAAGUAUCUCAUCUCAUCUCAAUUUUUUUUUUUUUUUUUUUUUUUUUUUUUUUUUUGGGUUUGGUCCACCCUCUCUCAUAUUGAAGAGUCCGCCUCGGCUUGGCAUCUUUCUUUCUCUUUCACUCUUGUUAUGUGUUUGUGUGAUUAUUGACCUGCCCCCUCCCCCUCUUUGCAUUGCUUCUUUAAUUCUCUCAUCCAUUUUCUACCUUCCUCCCUCACACUUUCUUUCUUUCUUUCUUUCUCUCGCCCCUUCAUAUUCUCACGAACCAAACAAAUACUCUGUCUUUUAACCUUCUCUGUUCCGUAUUAGUAUUUAUCUUCUGAACUUGGGAUGGCUGUUCAAGCUCAAUACCCUUCCAAUGUACUCCUUCUAAACAGGGGUCAAGAAGGGCAUGACUAUUCAUUACAAUCACAACCAGGAGGACUCGGUGAUCAUCAAUCCCACAUGUUAUUCAACAAUGAAGGUAAAACUACUAAUUCUCGGAAGAGAGGCAGAGAAGCAACAGUAGGCAUGGGGGUUGUGCAUACAUCUCAGAAUGUUAUGAAUCAAUUCUCUUUGCAAUCCCAGUCUCCCCAGCUUAUAGACCUUACUCAACUCCAUAACCACCAACAAAAUGUAGUCUCCACCGGUUUACGCUUAUCCUUUGGUGACCAACAACAACAACAACAACAACAACUACAAAGACUACAAUUGCUUCAACAACAACAACGACAACAACAAGAACAACAACGUGGGUCUCAGUCCUCUGCUUUCUUAUCUGUAUUGUCCCAAGGUUUGGCCUCGCAAAUCAAACAACAACGAGAUGAAAUUGACCUAUUCAUUCAAGCCCAGGGUGAACAAUUGCGGCGGGCAUUGGCGGAGAAGAGGCAAAGACAUUAUCGGGCACUGCUAAGCGCGGCGGAGGAAUCAGUAGCACGCCGGCUGAAUGAGAAGGAAGCCGAGGUGAAGAUAGCCACACGCAGGAACGCCGAGUUAGAGGCACGCGCCGCGCAACUUAGCGUGGAAGCGCAGGUUUGGCAGGCGAAGGCGAAGGCGCAGGAAGCAAUGGCGGUUUCUUUGCAAGCCCAACUGCAGCACGCUAUGAUGAGCGGAGAAAAGAGGAGCGGAGAGGAUGGUGGUGGGGUAUCGUGCGCCGUGGGCGUAGAGGGACAAGCGGAGGAUGCUGAGUCAGCUUAUGUUGACCCGGAGCGAGUGGUAUUGUCGGGUCCGAAAUGCAAAGGUUGUGGGAAGCGAGUGGCUUCGGUGGUGGUUUUGCCGUGUCGCCACCUAUGCGUGUGCACAGAAUGCGACAGACAUUUACGGGCAUGCCCCGUUUGCCUCACCGUUAAAACUUCCACUGUUGAAGUCUAUCUAUCUUAGUGCCAAUUAACGUGCUUGUCCCUAAGAAUUGGUCCCCAUAAAAGAGCCAACUCAAGGGCGAAAAAAAGAGAGAGUAAAAUCUAAUUAAAUAAUAUAAUAAAAGUUCCAAUUUUUAUUUUUAUUUUUAUUUUUCUUCUCUCUCUUUUUUAUGAAUCUAAGGGGGAUUUCUUGUUUUUGUUGUACAUGAUGGUGGGGAUUUCUGAGUUGGGUAAUAUGGCCGGUUGAGACUCGAGAUUUUUUUCGCCAUUAUAUUUUAUAUUCCUCGUAGGGUUGAUUACCUAGGUGAUGUACAUGGCCAUAUGGGU